CCUCAACAUACAGGUGACAUAGUUCGUAUCUCCCCUAACGAACUCUCCUUUGCCUCGGUCGAAUCUUGGAAAGCUAUUUACGGACACCCAAUUGCGGGGAAAGCCACGAUGGUGAAAAGCGAGUUUUACAAUAUCUACGGAUCUGGUUUCGAUUCACUGUGUAUUGGAUCGGAGCGCAAUCCGCAGGUUCAUUCCCGUAUGCGAAAAUGUUUGACCGCUGCUUUCUCGACCAAGGCUAUUAUGGAGCAGGAGUCGAUUGUGCAAAGCUGCAUAGACCAGUUUAUCGACAAGUUAAGAGCGGACGGUACCCAAGAAAAGGGAUUAAAUAUGACCAAGUGGUUUGAGAUGCUAGCAUUUGAUAUAUUGGUCUUAGGCAAACCUCAUCAUUGGAGUGAGAUGAUAACGUCCCAUCUCUUUUUUAUCACGCUGAUUGACAAUCUUCGCCGCUAUCCCAUCUUUUACUACAUUGGAGCGUUUCUACUCCCCAAACUUACUUUCUCGGUCCGAGAUCAGCAUUCGCAGUUCAGUCGAGACAAAGUCGACCGGAGACUUGCGAGUCAGUCAUCUCGAAAGGAUUUUCUGACCCACCUUGUUGGAAAGGUAGAAAGCGGCGAGAUUGGAAAGGAAGAAUUGACUGCGCAUUCAUCUACUUUAAUCAUCGCCGGUGGAGAGACGGUCGCGACUUUCCUGUCUGCUACGACCUAUCACCUUCUCAAAAACCCGUCCGUCUACGCAGAGCUCUGCCAAGAGAUUCGAUCCCGAUUCGACUGUCUAUCUGAUAUCAACGCCACAGCUGCACAGCAGCUACAGUACCUCCAAGCCGUCAUCUCAGAAGGUCUGCGCAUUUAUCCACCUGGAUCUCAAGGCUUUCCCCGUCUGAGCCCCGGGACGGUAAUUGGUGGCGCGUAUAUUCCUCCUGGGACUGAGGUUUACACAAGCGCUUGGACCGUAACCCACGACUCACGAUACUUUCACGAUCCUUACGUCUUCAAGCCCUCCCGGUGGAUUGAUCCCGCUUGUAUUGAUGUCAAGGAAGCUAGUCAACCCUUUUCCUUAGGUCCACGUGGCUGUCUAGGCCGAAAGUAA